AUGUCGCACGAACUCUUGGCUUCGAUCGAAGGGGAAGGAGUACGAACGAGCAACACGCAGAUGUGAGUUGGCUCUUCUACCGUGCGACUCUCCCGGAACGCUGCACCUGCCCUCGUCGGUUCGUUCGCGCCACGAGGAGCUGCUGGCCUCAUCGCGACCAGUGCAACGGAAUCGGCAGACUGGCACCCCUGUCAGGCGCGUCCAGUGCACGCAUGCUCAUAACUAUCCAUCCACUCCGACCAUCCACAGACCUUUGAAUGACGCCCAUCCACCUGAAUCAACUGGAUCCCACCAAUCAUCAAGCCCAGGCCCCUCACUUAGCUUAACACCACUCGCCUCCUCUGCAACGCUCGCCGGCCUCGUUCCAGCCCAAAUCUUUACUCCGGCCACGCCGCUGCCUUCGAGUCCAUCUGCUGUGGAUGCGCAGUUCGCUCACGUCGACAGAACCAGCCCCGGUCGUCCGAGGGCAGGCACGAUGCCCUCGACCUUGCACCUCGGCGGCACCUCUUCGCUCAGCUCAAAUUAUGCGAAUGUGCUCGGCAGGAAGAUGACGCCUCCGUCCCUGAUGCUCAACGUACCGGGGACUUCGUAUGGCGCAAGUGUGUCACUACCCGCAAGUGGACAUGCGACACCCCUCGGGUCCGAAUUUGCCUUUUCGUCACCGCUCCUCCAUAAUGGCUCGAUCGCCCAAACGAACCCGAGUCCACCGCUCGGCGCCUCAGCAUCCGCCGGUGGUGAAUCGAACCCCAGUGCUGCCACCUCACGCAUUCGAUCAGGGUCCCUGACUCUUCCCAGCUCGGGCCUUUCAAAUGCAUUUGGACCGACCGUUUUUGCGAGUGGAGACUGGGCCCCUCGACCCGUCGACGUCAACGUACCCCCAAUGUCGGGGUCGAGUGGGUUACGCUCGCCGGACAGUUCGGCCUACGGGGACGGCGACUCGCAUGUCAGAACGCUCGAUUAUCUCGGCCUCGAUGGCGAUGCCGCAAUGAGUGGGUUUGGUGAGGCAACGUCGCCCAGUCCUGGCGAGUCGACGAUGCGUGGGGAUGCUGCUGCUCCCGCCGGCAUGACGCAGAGGCUAGCGACUAUCGGCGGGCCCUCAAAUUCUUCCAACAACACCGAACUGUCGCACGCCCACACUCGACUGAGAAGCAACACCGUCGCUGCCUUCCCGCGGUCCCAAGCUGCGUCCAACUUUGGUCUGCUCGGCUCGUCGGCGGCUGUAGGAGGCGCAAGUAAUCGCUCGCCGGUGACGGUCGAUACGGACGUCUUUAGCUCGAGCACGGGCAGCGGAGCCCAUGGUUCGGAUGGUUCGAUCGACUCGACUCGGUUGUUGUACGCGACUUCGGGUGCUCAGGACGAACAGGAAGGGACCGACGCGCUCAACUCGAUCGCUGAAAACGAAGUGAGUAUGCCCGGCAGCGCUGCGGCGAGACCUUUGUCACCGGGCGGCAGGGCAAGAGCAGCAACGAUUGGCAUCCUGGAUGAGUCACGCGAGGUAACCAUGUCGCGUCAGCGUGCUCGAGCGGGAACGACGAUCGGACUUACACCGCAUGUCGUUUCUAUGGGUAUGUAUAAUGGGAGGGGAGGGCCAGAUCAUGAUGUCGAGGGUUCCCCGGUGGAUUCGAUGAUGAUGGGCAUGAGGGGAAUGAACCUGGGCCAGAUGGACGAGGUGAGUACCCUAGGGCAAAUGCGAGACGGAUGACGAGGUUGCUGACAGUCGAGGCGGUGUACUUGUAAUUACAGAACGUGUGGAACUCCACAAGACCACGCACCCCGGAAGGUGUCGCUGCGGCGUCGAUCACCCCGCCGGCGCAACAGCCGACUCGCAGUCUCUGGAUAGGCAAUCUCGAUCCGCGCACGACACCUGCCGAACUACAGAACGUGUUCGCCCCCUAUGGAGCGAUCGAAAGCUUGCGUUUGAUCCCGGAAAAAGUAUGGCGCGCAUUCGGCUCGGUAUCCUUGCAGUGAUCGUCCGCUGACGCGUGAGUUCUUGCGGCCCGUGUACAGGAGUGUGGGUUUGUCAAUUUCGUGUCCAUUGGCGAUGCCGUCCGCGCCAAGGAGGACGUCUCAAACCGCCUCGGUGGCCAGUUGAACAAUUCGAGCAACCUCGUUCGAAUCGGGUAUGGCAAGGAUAUCUCCCUAGCGGGCAACAUGUCCUCAAUGACGCAAAUGAGGACCGCCUCUGGCCCCAUCUUACUCUCUGGCCACGCACCGCCACAGCAUCAUCAGAAUUCCCACCCGGGCCAUACUGGAGGGCUUGGCGGGUUGGCGAGCGGGACGUACAAUGGUCCGGAGGAGCUCAAUCCUCAAAUGACGCCGACGCGAGCUCUGUGGAUCGGCAGCAUUCCCUCGACGACGACGCCGAAUCAACUACUCAACGUCUUUGCUGCGUUCGGUCCCAUCGAGUCCGCACGCGUUCUGACGCACAAGUCUUGCGGAGUAAGUCCGCGUGGGCAGGUAGCUUGGUGGGUAUGGAAAACUCAUCUCUGAUGUGACGAUACUUUGUGAACAGUUCAUCAACUACGAACGAUUGGACGACGCCAUUUCGGCUCGUAAGGCGCUCAAUGGUCGGGAGAUCCUCGGCGUCGGAGUCGGAGGCGUGCGCAUCGGCUUCGCCAAGGUGCCGACCAAGAUCAUCAACGGCAGCGACUUUUGCGGCUCUGGCGGCUUCAACAACAUGCCUCCCAUGUCCUACACGACGUUACAGCACCUUGGCGGCGCGAAUGGUGUCUCACUGGAGCAGCAAGUCGCAGAUAGCCCUAUGAGCGACUUCCGCAGCAACCUCGUCAUGGCCGCGGUUUCGAACCCGCAGUUCAUCAACGCUCAAAAGUCCACGGGUGCUUUGAAUUCACCUGUGAACGCGUAUGAUGGCCAAGAUAGCUCGAACGACGAGAGUAUAGAGACGGCCCACUUCGGUUCGGUGACGGACCUGCAGCUGCUUGUGCGCGAGUUGAGCGACGACUCGCCCGACGUUGAAGCACACAUCGCGCAAUUGGCCACUCCCCGACCUGCCCCGACGUACCAUACAUCGAUACCCCUGCAGGUCCUCAACGACCCGCGCUACGGUCGUCGGUACUCGAACGUGGAUGCACCGAGGUUGCGUGAUCUGCGCAAGCGUCUCGACUCGCCUCAGACCUCGACGGAUGAGGUCGAUACCAUCGCCUUUGAGAUUCUUGACGAAUGCGCUGCCCUCGCGAGCGACUACAUCGGUAAUACGAUCGUACAGAAACUGUUUGAGCGAUGCUCGCUCGCGGCUCGAAUGGCUAUGCUCGAACGUGUAGGCCCCUUUUUGGCGGCGAUCGGCACGCACAAGAAUGGGACUUGGGCGGUGCAGAAGAUUGUGCAGUGCGUUCAGGAGCCGGAGGAGAUGGCGAUCAUCCAGCAAAAUCUGGCGCCGUAUACUCCGCCGCUGUUGCUAAACGACUGUCAGUACCAAUUCCGCAAAAUUGUGUUUCCACGGCGGAGGCGCUUCGUGCUGACCUACUUUUGACAGUCGGCAAUUACGUCGUCCAAGGCGCGCUCCGCUUUGGGUCGCCGUUGAGUGACUUUGUUUUUGACGCGAUGAUCGACCGAUGCUGGGAGAUUGGUUCGGGUCGAUACGGAGCGAGGAGCACGAGGCAGACGCUCGAGAGUCCCCAAACGAGUCGGUUCAACAUCGCACGUGUAGCGGCUGCGUUGGCGCUCAACUCGAUCCCUCUCGCCACAAGCGCCAAUGGGGCGUUGCUUAUCACUUGGCUGCUUGACACGUCCGAUCUGCCGGGUCGAUACCGCGUGUUGGCCGCUCGGUUUGCACCCCACCUUCCUCAUCUGUGCGCGCACAAGCUCGCAUCGACGGCCGUGCUCAAAAUCAUUAACCAGCGAGCGGAUCCGGUGGCGUCCCAGAUCAUCCUCGACGCUUUGCUCGACCCCAAGACCAAGGUCGUCGAAGAAAUCCUCGCCGAUCAAGCACAUGGCGCGGCUUGCAUGAGCAAGAUCCUCAACGCCUCCAUCUCGGACGAGCUUGCGCGCAAAAAAGUGGUCGACCGUAUACGAGCCGUCCUGCUGUCGCUGCGCGUUACAACCAUUCCGGCGUAUCGAAAGUUGCAGGAGGAUUUGGGGAUCAUCGCUUCGUCGCCUGUGGGAUCGUCGCCACCGGUAAACGAGGGUGGGACAUCAGGAGGAGCCAAGCCAGGGCCCCCGUCGACGAUGGGCAAGUCCCAUGGGUACGGCAGUGCGAAUCGGGGACAGUACCCACCUUCGGGUCAGUGGGAUCAUGGGCAAUCGGGUCACCCUCCUCGGUACCCCCAAGCACCGUAUUAUGAACCCCCGAUGCGCAGCUACGGGUCCCCAGCCUCGACUUCGCCAUAUGGUCACUCUCAGCCAUACCCUCGCGGAACCAGCGCGAGUUUCCAAACUUCGGCGAUGCCGAUGCAGCCGCCAUCUGGUCCCUCCUAUCCCUCGCAGUAUCCCAACUACUACCACAUGCCACCACCGGCGCCGAACGCUUACCAGUACAGCUCGAGUUCUUCGAGUACGGUCGGACAACCGACGUUGACGACCUCGCUUGCGGCUCCUGCGCCCUCUCCGCCACAUGUCGUUUCACAGCCCGUCACGCCGCCUUCGUUGUCGCCGGGGCUGCGUGAUAUCAAUUUCCACCCUUUUUCGCCGACAGGUUCGGCGUUUGGUCGCUCUGAUGUCGGUGUCUAG